UUGUCUGCGCAGGCCGCAAAACAAAACUUUUUACAUCCUCCCAGAUUCGCUUAAACUUCGGUAAACCGAUGGAGUUUCCGACUGUUGGCCGACGAGUGACCGACGUACGAGACUUUGCAGUCGCCGACAGUCGAACGAACCGAGUGUGCAGAUUUGUGCACACUUGUUCCAUUGGAUCGCUUAUUUUCACUUAAACAUUGAGUCUUUUACCAUAAAAUAACUCAAAAUGUCUAGGAAAACGUUAGUAUUUGUCACUGGGAACCAAAACAAACUAAAAGAGGUUGUUGCUAUUUUAGGUGAUUCCUUCCCAUGGAAAGUUGAAUCAAGAAACAUAGACUUACCUGAAUUUCAAGGUGAACCUGAUGAGAUUUCAAGAGAAAAAUGUAAAGUAGCUGCUGAAAAGAUCCAAGGACCAGUGAUAGUAGAGGACACUUGUUUAGGUUUUAAUGCAUUCGGUGGCCUUCCUGGUCCAUAUAUAAAAUGGUUUCUUAAGAAAAUUGGUCCAGAAGGUCUCCAUUGUAUGCUGACUGACUGGGAGGACAAGUCAGCAUUUGCACUUUGUACUUUUGCCUUUUCUUCUGGGAUAAAGGAUGAACCGAUUCUUUUAUUCAGAGGAAAAACUCCUGGUAAAAUUGUUGAGCCGCGUGGACCUAGAAAUUUUGGUUGGGAUCCCUGUUUCCAGCCUGAUGGAUUUGAUCAAACGUAUGCUGAAAUGGCUGCAGAAGUAAAAAAUAGUAUUUCACACCGAGGAAAAGCACUAGCUGUGCUGAAAGAACACUUUACAAGUUUAACAAAUGAUGGCCAGUCUACGAACAAGAAGACCAAGACAGACAGCUGAAUAUUAUGAUAUUCCACUCGUAAGCAUGAAAUAUAUGUCAUGUUGUAUAAAGGGCAUGCCUUAACUUUUCUAUACUUGACUCAACACUUGCUAUAUUGUAUUAAUUAUGCUCUUCUUGAUUCUAAUACCCAGAUUUUUCCUUAGUAUACCUUGAUUUUGCCUAUGAUAUUGUGCUAUACUUGCUUAUUCUCUCUUAAAUCUUCAACGACCUAAUACAUAAUGGACUAAGAGGUUUACUGACCUUUACUGACCUACAUGUAUAUAAAGUUGACGUAAUGAGUACUGUAUAAAGCAAAUGACCUGUAUAAAAUAUGCAAUAUGAAAGUGGUGCUCCACAAGGUUCAGUUAUAGGACCUAAAGUAUUUAACUGGGAAUGUUCUCACAUUACUCAUACAGUAAUAGAGCAUAAUGUCAUCCUCGGCUCUGCAUAAUACAAAUGAUCUUGUCCAAGCAGAAUGUUAAAUUUUUGUCCCUUUGUUACUGUAAUUGGAGAAAUCUCUAAAGAGACAAGCCUUGGGCUAUUUUAGUUAUAGGCGGGAACAUUGUAUCCCAUUGUAUCCCAAUCCAUAUACAAUCGGCAUCCUACUGGAGGUGUGUUUCAUACCUUAUUUUUAUACUUAACAUGGAGAUCCAUUUUACUUGGAUUGUGCACCGCAGAAACGCGGUUAUAAGCCCUGGCUUAUACAAUUUAGUAAAUAGUUUUGGAUUAACUUAUAAUCUAGAGACUUACAGUAUAACCAGGGGGGCUUUAAAAAAGGGAGGGGAAAUCAUCUGAAACUGUUUUUGUUAAAAAAAAUGUAGUCAUGUGUAUUUCAAUUGAACAACAAUGAUGAUGCAACAAUGAUUGUAAAAGCUUUGAAAGGCGAAUGUGCUGAGAAUGAAAAACUACAUUUUGAGCAAAUCACAGUGCGCUUUGUGGCUGUACUGUGGUACUCCACCAAUGGAAGGUGCCUAUAGCCGGUGA